AGAAGUGGCAGUAUCUCAAAAAUAUUCUUAUCAGUGUUCUGUAUCUUGAUCAUACUGCUGUUUACACAAAGGUUCAAAAGAAAUCCCUUCUCUGAUCUCCUGUGGCCUUCCCCAGAAACAGGGCAAGGAGAGGAAGACUCUCAUUUUCCACUCCAGGCUCCUCCGCCCUUCUCCCCGCAGAGCACGGCCAGCGACGGUUACUAUUCAUGACAGCAGCAGCAAAAAUAGCAAUUGCUUACAUGGGAAGAGUCCUUAAUGGUUUAGGGAGCCCUUCCACAGCAUCGUUUCAUUUCACUCUCCCAUGGCACUCUGCUUGGGGCUGAGGCUCAGCAAGGUUCUGAGACCCACUCAAAGUCACGGAUUCAUCAUCGAGGAAGCAAAAUGUCUGCCCCAUUUCAAGCAAAAUGUCUGUCCCGUGGUGAAUGUGCCCUGAUGUCUCAUUGGCUAUGUUGGUCACAUGGCUUCACUGGCCACAAGGGAGUCUGGGAAAGCAGUUUCUCACCAGCUGCAUCAAGGAUGAGGGAUUUCUCCAGAGCUGGUUUGUCAGAAAGUAGCAGCUCUUGGCUUCAACCAGAGAGGUGCCAUAAACAUAGAUGAAAGAUACCAUCAGCAAAAUGCCGGACGUCGAGGAGCGUGUGCCCCCGAAGGACCCUGGUGACUCAGCGGGCGGGUCCUGCAAGCCGGAAACCCCAGGACUCCCCCAGGAAGACAAGAGCGGCCCCGAGGACCCCCCUUCCUGUCUGACAGAAACUGUUAAUGAAGUUUCCAAGCUGAGCAGCGAGAUUGGGAUGAAUCAUGAUUACAUGGAAGAGAAGGUUUUACCUCCAAGCAGUCUGGAAGGCAAGGUCAAGGAGACAAUGCACAAUGCCUUUUGGGACCAUCUUAAAGAGCAACUAUCAGCAACUCCCCCUGACUUCAGUUGUGCUCUUGAACUUCUGAAAGAAAUUAAAGAGAUCUUGCUAUCACUGCUAUUGCCACGCCAGAACCGCCUAAGAAUUGAGAUUGAAGAAACUCUGGACAUGGACUUGCUCAAGGAGGAAGCAAAACACGGGGCCCUGAAAAUCCCCUCUCUCUCUAAGUAUGUUCUCAACAUGAUGGCUUUGCUCUGUGCACCAGUUCGAGAUGAAGCGGUGCAGAAACUAGAAAGCAUUACGGAUCCUGUUUGGCUACUGAGAGGGAUCUUCCAGGUUCUGGGCCUGAUGAAAAUGGACAUGGUGAACUACACUAUCCAGAGCCUUCAACCCCACCUGCAGGAACACUCCAUUCAGUAUGAACGGGCUAAAUUCCAGGAACUCCUCAAUAAGCAGCCUAGCCUCCUUAAUCACACCACCAAAUGGCUGACCCAAGCAGCAGCAGAACUUACCACGUCACCUCCGACUUGCCCAGACACUUCUGACUCCUCCAGUGUGGCCGGCCCCUCUCCUAACGAGGCCAAAAACCCAGAGCCUCUCAGCCCCACAAUGGUGCUGUCUCAGGGUUUCCUGAACCUCCUUCUCUGGGACCCUGAAAAUGAAGAGUUCCCUGAGACCCUGCUGAUGGACAGAACCCGGCUGCAGGAGCUGGAGUCCCAGUUGCACCAGUUAACCAUCAUGGCCUCAGUCUUGCUGGUGGCCAGUAGUUUUUCUGGCAGUGUUUUGUUUGGCUCACCCCAGUUUGUGGAUAAACUGAAACGCAUAACCAAAUCCCUGUUGGAAGACUUUCACUCCAGGCCCGAGGAAGCUAUACUGUCUGUGAGUGAACAGGUGUCUCAGGAAAUCCAUCAAAGCCUCAGGAAUAUGGGCCUUGCUGCUCUAAGCAGUGACAAUGCAACAUCUCUGAUGGGACAGCUACAGAACAUUGCCAGGAAGGAGAACUGUGUCCGCAGUGUCAUUGAUCAGCGGAUCCAUUUGUUUCUCAAAUGCUGUUUGGUUCUUGGUGUGCAGCGGUCUCUGUUAGACCUCCCUGGAGGCCUUACUCUCAUUGAAGCAGAACUGGCAGAACUGGGCCAAAAGUUUAUCAACUUGACACAUCACAAUCAGGAGGUGUUUGGUCCCUACUACACUGAGAUCCUCAAAACUCUCAUUUCCCCAGCCCAGGCACUGGAAACAAAGGUGGAGUCUGUCUGAUAGCGUGGGCUCAGAGCCCUGGUACCUUGGAUCCAAGAGGCCCAUCAUCUUCGUAGGGUAGCAUCACCAGUGACCAGCAGACAGUGAGGUUGUAUCCCAGCCCUUGCAGCUAGUAUAGGGAUCAAGCAUGUAAACACCAACUGGCCCAAAACCAUUCGCUAAUAAACUUCUGAAGUGUCAAAAA